UCUCGCGAGAGUGUGUGUGAAAACACGGGAUUGAAUAUGUCUGCGCCCAUGAUCCAUGAGUGACAGGUGAUUGCGUUGAGAAAUUUACAGAGAAACAGAGAAAUUGAUUUGACAAUAAUGGCAUCAAACAUUGAAGAAGAAAGACAAGAGAUGGAAGAAAGAGAAGAUGGUUCGCCUGUAAAAGGGGAGGAGAAGGAUGUUGAGAAACAAUUAACAACAGAGGGUGAUCUUCCCGUGACACUUUCAAAAUCCCAGUUGAAGAAGAUUAAAAAGAAGGAAAAAUGGGCACAAGUUAAAGCUUCCAAAAGGAAAGCAGAGAAAGAGCGCUGGAAGGCACGGAAACGAGAGUGCCGUGAACGAGGGGAGGAGUUGGGACCUACGAGAAAACAGCUGAAACAUAACACUAUGGCCAAGUCCAACUGUAAAAUACCUGUGGUCAUUGACUGUGACUUUGAUCAGUAUAUGGCCGAGAAGGAUAUCAAAAUGUUGGUGAAGCAGAUCCAGUUUAGCUACUCGGCCAACAGAAGGUCUGAUAAUCCAAUGCAGCUGCAUUGCUGUGGUGUAAGUGGGAAAACUCAAGAACGACUGCAGAGUCUCGGCGACUACAGAGGCUGGGAUGUACAUUUUCACACAGCUCCAUACCGGUCCAUGUUUGAGAAGCCAUCUCUGGUGUAUCUGUCAAGUGAGUCUCCAAAUGUUCUUCAGACCCUUGAGGAGGACAAGGUGUACGUUAUCGGAGGACUCGUCGACCACAACCAUCAUAAGGGUCUAUGUCAUCGUCUGGCUGAGGAAAAAGGGAUAACACAUGCUCAGCUGCCUAUCUCUGACUACAUCGACAUGAAGACUAGGAAGGUUCUCACCAUCAACCAUGUGUUUGAGAUCCUGCUACGUUACACAGAAACUAAGGACUGGCAGAAGGCCUUCUACACCGUGCUGCCACCAAGGAAAGGGGCCAAACCAAAGGACAACUUGAAUAAGGGAGCACUCACUACCAAGGAGGACUCAUCCCCAGAAAAUCUAACCCAAUCAGCUGAUGGACAACGCAACAAGUCAGCUGUGACUCAGGAUUUGAAAAGUGACUCUGCAAAACUUUCUGUCUCAAAUUCUCUGCUGGCAGAUUGUGUGUCUGCAGAAGAGGUUGAUCAUUCCAAAGACACGUCUGAUAUGGGUAGUGUUAGCGACAAUAUUAGCAAUGUUUCAGAUUGUGUAGAAGACGAUAAUAUAGCAACAGAUUCAUUGAAUGCCGAAAAAGGCUCUAAACAUUUGACUUCAGAAUCCAAUGAAAAUGUGGAACCUAGUAAUGAAACACAUAGGAACAAAGAUACAUGAUGAUGAUGAUGAAGUAUGUCUGAAAGGAUGAUAAUGAAUCAAGAGCAGUUGAGCUGCAAUUGUUGCUUAUCUUAAUAAAUUAAGUCAAACAGAAUAAAUCUUAGUAGUGAUUCUGAGAAGUUAAAUGGGUGAAAUAAGAACAAGCCCACAAGCCCUGCAUUUUUUUUUCUGGGCUUGCUCAAAUACCUAGUUUUAUAUAGCAGACCUGUUGAAUAAAAAUUGAUGGCAAGCACUAGUAUAAGGAUUCAGGCUUAUUCAUCCAGAGGUAUAAUUUCAAUGACUGGAAAUAUUAGUGGUGUUCAACCACUCUUACCAUUAAUUGCGAAGGACUUUUUCAAGUUUUUGUCUUAUAGCUGUAUUUACAACAGUAGCUGCACUGAAGUCUGUAAAUGUUUGCCAAUCCGAUUUAUAUGUCAACUAGAGGUGGCUAACUCAUGAAAUGUUUGUAUUGGAAUUACUGAUUCCAAACAAGUCAUGAAUAGGUACUGUUGAGUUUAAAAGUUUAGGUAAACAGUAUUGAUUUAGAGGGCCCUUUCUUUGAUAUAUUAGUAGUGUAUUUGUCAACAUUUGCACAGCCAUUAAAAUGUUUCCUGCCACCUUGUGUUUGUUUAACAUUAAAUAGAAAGUACUUACAUUUAAAAAUUAAAGAUUUGUGAUGUUGAUCCAAGUCUGACUUUGAUGGGUGAAACAUGCACACAGUGUAAGACACUAUUUUUUUUUGCUCAGGAAUCCAUCGCCUACCCUCUUAUUCUUAAAUACCAUGCCAAAGUCAAAGAGUCCAGCGAAAAAAGGUUUUUUUUCAAAGAAAAAAGAAGAGCAUUUAAACCUCGUAAGCUUCAAACAGUACUUGUAAGAAAGUUUUAAACUCACUACCAAACUUAUUGAUCCAGAAUAGCAUUAAUUUUUAUGGUCUGGGAAAAUUUAGGAAUCUUUGGCAAAAAUUAUUCUCAUUCUCCCUUUAGUGUCGAACCCUGAGCGCAUUACACUUGU